UAUACGGUGAUUUUGGUGUUUCUGUUAAAAAAAAAAAAAAAAUCGUUUUGUUUUACAUGAGCACUCAUAUAUCACCAGAACCUGACACCUGCCUACACCUGGUCAGCCCACCCCCCAAAAUACCAAUCUUAUCAGCGGCUCAUCUGAUCUGUUUGCGCAGCCGCACUGGCACCGGUCUGCACCAAACCCGAGGAGCUGCAGGGAAAACAGACAUGAAGAUGAGGAAAAAGUUCAGAGAGAAAAGAGUGGCAGCACAGACACGGACAUCAGCAAGAACAUAAAACACCCCUGGCCACAGCAGCUUUAACCACCUGCCUGAGAGUUCGAGCCGAUGUUUAAGGGACGGAUGUUUAAGGGACGGAUGUUUAAGGGAUGAAUGUUUAAGGGAUGGAUUCAACCUAUGGAUGGGAACGAAUGUGGCGUUCACUGGGUGUUGGACAUUAUAGUUCUUAAAAAAAAAAAAAAAAGCCAAAGCAAAUAAACGCAAAAAAACAAAGUCUGGCUCCGAACUAAACCUCAGUUGCCUAGAGUUUGCAACAAUUAGAUGAAAAAGCAAAGCAGUGGACAAGACAAAACAAUCGAAAUUAAGCAAACGGGAUUUCUGGGUGAACAUAAUAUUACUAUGCGAUCAGCUGAUCAUCUGGUUUAAGUAAUAAAAAGACAUUUAUUUCAAAGACUCAAACAGCACAGAGUUUACAUCUUGGACGCAGUAAGGCCACCAUAAUUGCUGAUACUGUUCUAUUGUUUUUAAUUACACUGCCGUAGUGUUUUCUACAUAUUUCCAUUGAAAGCAACACUACCAUUUGUUUACCAUCUCAACACUUACAGUAGUAGGGAGUUGGAUUUUUAUGGGAACCGUUUAAAAAUGUCGCAUUAGAGGAUUAAUUCGAUAGAUACCAUGUCAGAUACCAUGUUUUUUAUAUUACUUUUCUUUGGUGAGUGAUCCUACAGCUGCCGUACCUUAUUAUUACUUAAAAGUUCAAGGAAAGUCGGUAUGCUAAAGCUAGCUUAAAUAUGGGCCCUGUUCACCAAAGCGAAAAAAACAAACACAAACUGGACUUAUUGUUCCUCUUUUUUUCAGGGUAUGUCGCUGUCUUGUCGUUACCAGCUUUGUGCUGUCGACCGAAGGAAUAUUCCACGGCAGAAGGACAGUGCUGUCCAAUGUGCCACGAAGGUACAGUGGUCCGUAAAGACUGCACCUCACAGUCGGGCACACGGUGCAUCCCUUGUGACGAUGGGACUUUCAUGAACAAGCCCAACGGCCUCGCUUCAUGCUUCCACUGCAGUGCCUGUGACUCUGUUCGUGGUCUCCUUGUCCAACAAACAUGUACAUACACUACAGAUACAGUAUGUGGUGUUUUAGAUGGAUAUUUCUGCAAAAGUUUCACAGAAGACUCUGGAUGUGAUUCAGCACAGGAGCAUAAACCCUGUGCAGCUGGUCAGAGGAUUAAAGAACCAGGGACCAGCAGGACUGAUACAGUAUGUGAAGACUGCCCGCAGGGGUUUUUCUCAAAACAUGGCGUGAACUGCACACCUUGGACAGUCUGCACUGAAACCCAAGUGAAGACGAAAGAGGGAAGCUCAGCGGAGGAUGUUGUCUGUGCAGCCUCAUCAAGGAUACAUACUUUUUUAAUUAUACCUUGUGUAUUAUUGGGCCUAACAACUGUUGUAUUCAUUGUACUAGGAUGCAGACUAAAGACUAACAAACAAUGAGGUAUGCCAUUUUGUUUUAUCUUGUUUAAAUAUGCAGUUUGGGAGUUAACACAUUCACUCAUAACAUUGUUUUUUUCUAUUACAGUGGGCGACGUGCCAUCAUAUAAUGAAUGCUUGAAACACAGCACUAGUGGAGAAGAAAUAUUCAAGGGUUGACCAAAAUUACAAAAAAUAUUUUCUUCUUUCUAGGUGUAAAUGUGCACUAAGGGCUGGUUUCAAAAUGAGCUAAGCCCCAUAAACCUCUGAAUUCACAGCAAUAAUGCUACUAGCUUGGUGCCUUAGACCGUCGUGUUGCAGGACUUGAAACUUCUGUCUUGGUCAGUACUAUUUUACAACUGCAGCUGUUGGGACAUCACUAAAUUUCCAAUUGCAUUUUCUGAUAAUUUCCCUAACCUGGUUUGGAAAAAAUCAUUUAAAUAUUUAUUUUUGGUGUAAAACUUUUAGCCAGUUCUUGGGUUAUCUACCAUUUCCUGUCGCUGUAUUGAGUGAUUGUUCCACCGGUUUGUGUUUAUUUUAUUUAUUUAUUUAUUUGUCCUUUAUUUUGUCAAGAACAGUCCUUUGAAAGACAAGAACUCUGCGUCCAGGGAAUCUUGUUCAAAAUGGGUAUCUUCACAUGUACAAUCCACUACAUCAAUAACAGCUAGCAUAACAAAGAAAGAAUGGCAGAAAGUAAAUACAUGUAGUUCAAAAUGUGUUUAUGCUGACUGCAGUAUUGUGCGGGUCAUACACUAACUUCAAAAACAUACACACCGUCCUAGCUAUGCAGGUCAAAAGUCACUGAAGCAACCAGUAUGUCUGUUAUAUAUCUGCUAAUUCUGCAGGUACAAUUGGGUUGUGACACCGUAACUUCCUAAACUCAAAAAGGAAAAAAAAAACAUGAAAUGAAAGUUUAUAAGGCCCUGAAACAUUUUAAGUAAC